AAUGGCACUGGGCAGAUUGCCAAAUUCGGCGAGUUUUGCCGGAUCGUUUCGUUUUCCUUCUGCAUGACCGACCAAAACAUACAAACCUUCUCUAGCUGAGUUCUCAAGCGUUAAUCAGAUGUAAAACUGCAGUUGAGUUGAAAUGCAUAUGAUUCUGCAGGAACAGGAAUUUUGGAAAAGUUGUAUGCAUUCUACGAGGAUCUGACUGAUCUCCAGAUACAGAAGCAGAAGCAUUAGAGCUUCUCGCGACCGGCUCAGGAAUCUGUUAUGGGCGAUGUGCAACGAGGACAAGUUUGCUGUUGCUGAGGUCGAACACGACACAGCACAGUGCUGUGCUGAACUGCAUCGGUAUCCGCAUGGUUUCAAGUAGGAGGUGGCGUUUAAGAGUUUGAGUUGACAGAACGUGACGUAAUUAGGAGAUGAAAUGUGAUGGCGAUCGCACGAGGUAGGAUCAGAUAUAUGAUGUGGUCUUUAAUUUUCUGAAGGAGUGGAAGAAGCUCGGCAAGCGUUUCUUAUAAUUCCUGGUGAAGGAAGAAGGUGCAUUUUGGUGUAAUUCAAAUUUGUCUAUUGAAACUAAAACAUUUACGCACUGUCAUAAUUGCUAAGCUGAACAAUGGCUUCAUCUCCCGAAAGCUCUGUUAAGAAACCAACCAUCGGCAGUGGCACCGGAAGUGGUGUUUGGCGGAAGGUGGAGCUGACAGUUCUCUUCACGUACGCGGGAUGUUUUCUCGCAACGGUCCUUUUCAAAUCAAUGUCUGUUUCUACAGAGUAUGAUAGCGUAAGCAAAGCAGGAUGGUUAUGGGGCCUCAAGCAGGGUUGGAUCAUGAAUAGAAAAGUGGAUCUGUCAGACAGUCAAUGGCGAAACUUUCGAUCCAAUUUGCCUGUGCUUGCAGUUGUAAUGGGGUCGUUUACUGCAGUUGGUCAAAUUUUGAGAUCAACUUUUCAGCUGCGCCGCAGAGGAAUGUCAUGGUUCUGGCUAACACUGUCGUUGGUGUAUAUAGUGUACUUACAUGGGGCUAGUGUUCUUUUCAUAUUAGCUAUCGCGUUGGGAAACUAUUAUGUCGUAAAGUUCUUUGGAGGUACGUCUGUGCUUCCAGCUGUAUUGUGGGGAUACAACCUUUUGUUUCUAAUAUGUAAUCGAGUGUACGGAGGAUAUCGAUUUUCCUCAUUUGGGGAGCCAUUGGCAAUUUUGGAUAACUACAGAGGUGUAAUGCGCUGGCAUAUCAGCUUUAAUUUGGUUAUGCUGCGGUUGGUGAGCUUUGGUUUGGACUUCCAUUGGGCUCAAUUAGCUCGAAUUUCCACGACCAACUGGGAGAAGCAUACCAAAAGCUGCAAAAUUUGUCAAACAGGUGGAUCCUGCUAUUUAUCACGCCAGGAAGUCGCUCUAAAGGAUGAGGAUUACAAUGUGGUCACGUAUUUGGCAUAUCUUCUGUUCGCACCUUUGUAUGUAGCGGGGCCAACUAUCAGCUAUAAUGCGUUUGCUUCUCAGCUCGAUUUGCCUCAAAAAAGUGAGAGCAACUCACGAGUGUUCAUUUAUGGACUUCGAUGGAUUCUCUGUUUGGCGUUGAUGGAGUUCCUUACACACUUUUGCUACUUUAACUCCCUUGCCAUAAGCGGAGUGUGGCAAAAGCUUUCACCGCUGGAGGUCUUCAUCGUCGGCUACGGAGUUUUAAACUUCAUGUGGCUCAAAUUUCUGCUAAUCUGGAGAUUUUUCCGUUUUUGGGCCUUGGUGGGUGGAGUCGAGACUCCAGAAAAUAUGUUGCGCUGUGUGAAUAACUGCUACGAUCUUGAGGGUUUUUGGAAGAGCUGGCAUGCUUCAUACAACCGCUGGUUGGUGAGGUACAUGUACAUCCCUCUUGGUGGAAACAAGUGGAGAAUGCUCAAUGUCUGGAUUAUUUUCACAUUUGUGGCUGUGUGGCACGAUUUGGAGUGGAAGCUUCUGUCAUGGGCUUGGGUGACAUGCCUGUUGUGGGUCCCCGAGCUGAGUAUAAAGUAUCUGAUGAAGACUAAACCGAUGCAACCCUUUAAAACUACUCACUGGUACACCGAAUGUUGCGCCAUUGCUGGAGCGAUGAACAUCAGUGGCCUCAUGGUCGCCAAUUUGGUUGGAUUUGUCGUUGGGCCCUCGGGUAUAUGGGUGUUAGCUUCCCUUUUAUUCACUGUACAAGGUAUUCCAGUGCUCGUGGGAGUCUUCAUUACUUUCUACGUUGGUUCUAAGAUUAUGUUCUACAAGCGUGAACUAGAAAGAGCUUCUCAUGGGAAAAUAGUGACUGACUGAACUCGAGGUACCCGAAGUAUACGCUUGUCAGAAGUAUACCUUUCGGAUGUGGAGAGUAGGAAGAUGAAGGUUAGUUCAAUUUUGUCAGAAGGAUCUGUCCAAUUGUGACAUUGCAGCAGGAGACUUGAAUUUUAGCAUCAUUGGUGCUACUUCACAACGGAGAUUUGUGUACAAUGUUUUCGAACUUGAAGACGGCAUUUUUUCCAGUUUAGAAACUUGGAAACGCCGUCUAUACGAUUCAAGAGUCACAAUAUCACUCGUGUUCCUGGUGGGAGUGUCUCAUAGAAAGUCCUGAAUAAACGAAUAUCAAUAAAAAUUCCUUUCUUAA